AUGGCUGAGCGUAUUCUGAUGAACGAGUUCAAGGCUCUCUCGCAAGAGCCGUGGGUGAAUCUCGGACUGAAGAACGACGACAUCUUCAACUGGACCAUCGGUCUCAUCGUGCUGAACCCAGACUCCCUAUUCUACGGCGGCUAUUUCAAAGCGGCCAUGAAGUUCCCUGCAAACUACCCAUACUCGCCGCCAGAAUUCCGCUUCCUCCGCCCCCUCUACCACCCAAACAUCUACACCGACGGGAAACUCUGCAUCUCAAUCCUCCACUCCCCCGGCGACGACGAAAUGUCCGGCGAACUCGCCUCCGAGCGCUGGUCCCCCGCCCAGCGCGUCGAAUCCGUGCUGAUCUCAAUCCUGUCCCUGCUCGACGACGCCGAGGUCUCGUCCCCCGCAAACGUCGACGCGGGCGUUCUCCUCCGCAAGGAACCCGAGCAGUAUAAAGAGAAGGUGCGCAAAUGCGUUGAGGACUCCAAGGCCGAUAUCCCCGAGGGCUUUGAGAUGCCGACGCACGAAAGCACGAUCAAGAGCGCGCCCAGUAAGGCGGUUCUGCACGACGACUCGGACUUUUGGGCGGAGAGCGAUGCCGACGAUGAUAUGUUUAAUGGGAGUGGGAGUGAUCAGGAGGAAAUUGACUCUGAUGCGUUUGAGCAGGGGGAUGAGUCGGCGAGUGAUGAUGAGUAA